AUGGACAGGUUGACCCAGAAGGAGCUCGACUGUCUCCUCGCGCUCCGCGAGAUGAAACUCGCUGGUCAAAGUCAAACCGCGACGGCUCCAGGUACCGACAACCACGCCGACCAAGGUGAUAGCAACCAACCCCACCACAUGGCAGAUAAAGAAGCCAUCCAACCCAUAGCUCACCAGGGGGAUCACGACCGCAGCCAGCCUGGCAGCAACACCAGCUCGACCCCGUCUGCUGCUACGUCCCAGACCAAGACCAAAGCCACCAAGACCGAAUCCAACCAGGUCAAAUGGAAAGUACCCCAGUGGAUCAUCGACGAACAAAACUCUACUGCGGAUUUCUUCCUCCGCAUGUACGAGGUUGCCCUUCCCACACCCAAAGUAACCUCACAACAAAGCAAGGGGCGAAUCUCCCGUCUGCGGCCGAGGUCGUCGUCGUCGUGUGCCCCCCUCACGGCAUCCAGCUCUGACCAAAAGAAGGCGUUUGUUUGGUACCUUCCUUUGAUCACUCCGGGCGAUGAGUCCGACGAGGACGAUGAGAACGAGGAGGAGCGUCUCAAUGAGAUGAUUGGUGCCGAUGCUCCCAAGUGUUUCCAGCUGUUACUGUAUGAUAAGGAUAACACUAACUUUUAA